UCUUCAACGGUUUUCUUUUAUUUACAUUGUUGAAUAAUAAUAAUUGUCCCCAGACCCCAGUUUCUCCUCGUUCAAAUCACCCCCUUGGUAUUUCAAAUCAAACCCCUUUUGGUUUUUGGCGCCCAAUUUCUCAAUUACCGUUUAUCCGUCUUUUAGUUAGGGUCUCAUAGGUAGUACGUUAUAUAGAUAUAGUGAUUGUAGUUUGUACCAGUGCAAAUUUGACGGUUAAUUUUUCUGUAAUAAUUUUUUGUUUUGUUUCAUAUAAACAAUACUAUAUUUUUAAUUUAAAAUUUUGAUUUAAACCCCAUUUUAUUCUUAUAUAUAUAUUUUAUUUAUAUCUGAUUUAUCUACUAUCGGCGUGACUCAAUUAUGUCGUUUGUGAAGAGCAAAAUUAAGCGAUUUAACGAAGUAUCAAGUUGUGCACCACCACCUGGAACAUAUGAUCCAAAAAGUCCUUGUCCAAAACUCAUUAAAGGUUCUAAAUUUGACAAAGCAGAGAGAUUUAAAGAACCUUCUGUCCCUCAAACUGCAAAAAAAAUAGUAAAAGUUCAGUCAACAUUAAAAACUGCAUCAAAUUUCAGUUCUCAAAGUUCAGUUUAUACAGAAUGUUCAAAAAAAUCUAAGAAAACUAUAGAUUCUAAUUCAACAAGAGUAGGUUCUACAAAAAUAAAAGCUAGACGUCUUUUGGAAUUGAAAAAAUUAGAUUCUAACCUUACUAAAGCUCUUGUUGACAUUGAAAAACUAGAUAAUUCUAAAAGUACGACUGAUACAUGUAAAGACUAUAUUAAUACAUGUCGUAGUGCUUGUUCUGAGGCAUUGGAAAAUCGUGUGUGUAGAAUGGUCAUUGAGAAUUCUCAAGCUGCUUUGUAUGCAGUUUGUGAUCGUUUACGUGAAACAUGCAAACAUAAUGAAAUUUUACAAAAUGAAACUAUACGUUUGCGAGAAGAAAUUGGUGAAAAAAAAUCAUUUGAAGAAUUGGCUGCUGAUCAAAUUGCUAUUGUUGAACGUAAACUUACUGAAAAAGUUAAUGAUUAUAUGAAGAUUUCCGAGACGGUUAAAGAUAAUUUUUUAGCUAAAAUGAGGUAUAUUUUGUUUGCUCUGGAUGAAUUAGAAUCUAUGGUCGAUGGUGAAGUAAAAGAAAUUAUUCAUAAAUUAAAGCUAGACAUUGAAAAUACAGAUCCAGAAGGUCCUAAUUACAAACAGCUUUUAGAGAAAUAUGAAAAAAUACUAAAAAGAAACAUUCAACUUGAAGAAACUGCUAAGAAAUAUGACGAUUUAGAAAGAAAAAUAAUUGAUUUGACAAAUGAAAAGAAUGCUAUGGCAGCUAAAUUACAAAAUAAUAAAUUAAAGACAACUGGUUUAUCAAAGAACCGUUUAGAUGCUUUGGCCACACCUCGCAGACGUGUUGAUGCUGAGAAUAUCGUCCCAAAAAAUAAAACUUAUGUACUUAAAAGUAAUACACUUAACACUGUAAAACCAGUUGCUCAGUCUUCUCCAUUGAGAGAAAUGAACUGGUAAUUAAAGUUUAAGACAAGUAUAUUAUUUGUAUAAUUUUAAUUGUAUUUUUCUUUUUUUCUUUUAUUAAUCUGUAUAU